AGGUCCCAAGCCCCGCGCGCUGAGUGGGAACUCGGAGAGUUUCUCCAGAGAGUGAUGAAGUGAUCACUCACUCGCUCUCUUUCACUCCGGAGGGGCUAUAAAACAUGCCCGGGUCCUCUAUCGCGCCUCAUCUGCCAGACUAAACACUAACCACGUUUUCUAACGCUCAGUCGGAUGUUUCGGAGCUUUCCGUGCGGUAAAAAUGAGAGAACAAGCUGCGGGUCGCUGAGUUAGCCGCCGAGCUAACAGUCGGUACCACCGUUUGGCUUUAAAAAGUGUCGGCGUUUCUCGGACCUUUCCUGCUGGGACAUUUUCGUAGAUAUCUCCAAUGAGACGUUUUCAGAUCAGCACGGAGAUUAUCCCAAAAAUAAGGUGCUAGAUGGUGAGUUUGAAGGCCAUGCGUAAUGCUCAGACAACUCGCCCAGAGUCAGAAUGAGUGUCACAGAUGGCGAUGGGACAGCUAGCCAAGAUGGACGGGCCUACGUUCUUCAGAUCUACCCCCGCCUCGCCUCGGAGACGAUACCAUGUUGCACGCUCAAAGUACGCAAGGAGGCCACGGCAUCAACCGUCAUCCAGGACGCAGCGGCCAGCCUGGGCCUGGACGCAGCCAAGCGUUAUGUCCUGGCAGAGGUGAAGGAGAGCGGCGGAGAGGAGUGGGUUCUAGAGUCCACAGACCUGCCAGUGCACAGGGUUCUUCUCUGGCCGCGGAAAGCUCAGGAAGAGCAUCCUCAGAGCGAAGGGUUCUACUUCCUCCUUCAGGAGCGUAACCAUGACGGUUCCAUCCGCUACGUGCACCUGCCCACUGUGUAUAAGGAAAAAGACGCGCAGCGGCUGGUCGCCCGAGGGUUCCUCCCUCCGCGCCAUGGGGAUUUUGACGACUUGUGCAACCUACCUGUCCUCAAUGAGGACACUAUCCUGGAUAACCUGCGCAGUCGCUUUCAGAAGAAGAAGAUCUACACGUAUGCCGGCAGCAUCCUCGUCGCCAUCAACCCCUUCAAGUUCCUCCCAAUUUACAACCCCAAAUAUGUCAAGAUGUAUGAGAACCACCAACUGGGCAAGCUGGAGCCCCAUAUAUUUGCCAUUGCCGAUGUCUCGUAUUAUGCUAUGCUGCGCAAACGGAUCAACCAGUGCAUCGUGAUCUCUGGAGAGAGCGGCUCUGGAAAAACGCAAAGCACUAACUUUCUCAUCCACUGCCUGACGGCUCUCAGCCAGAAGGGCUAUGCCAGCGGCGUGGAAAGGACCAUCCUUGGGGCUGGACCUGUGCUGGAGGCAUUCGGCAAUGCAAAGACGGCCCACAACAACAACUCCAGUCGUUUUGGGAAGUUCAUUCAGGUCAACUAUCUGGAGAGCGGAGUGGUUCGGGGGGCGGUGGUUGAGAAGUACUUGCUGGAGAAGUCCCGUCUGGUGUCCAGAGAGAAGAAUGAAAGGAACUACCACGUUUUCUAUUACCUGCUGGUGGGGGCGUCCGAUGAGGAACGCAAGGAGUACAAGCUCCUGCAGCCGGAAAACUACUUCUACCUCAAGCAGCACAACUUUACCAUAGAGGACGCAGAUGACCUUCAGCAUGACUUUGAGAGGCUGCAGCAGGCCAUGGAGAUGGUGGGCUUCCUUCCCGCAACUAAGAAACAGAUUUUCUCAGUCCUGUCUGCCAUCCUGUACCUGGGCAAUGUCACCUACCGGCGGAAAUCCACAGGGAGGGACGAGGGGCUGGACGUGGGACCUCCAGAAGUCCUCGCUAAUCUCUCAGAUCUGCUGAAGGUCAAAGAGGAGCUGCUGGUCGAGGCUCUUACGAAGAGGAAAACGGUUACAGUCAAUGAUAAGCUGAUUCUGCCCUACAGUCACAGUGAGGCGAUCACAGCGCGGGACUCCAUGGCCAAGUCUCUGUACAGCGCCCUGUUCGACUGGAUCGUCCUGCGAAUCAACCAUGCACUUCUCAACAAGAAGGACAUGGAGGAAUCUGUUCCGUGUUUGUCCAUUGGUGUUCUGGACAUCUUCGGCUUUGAGGAUUUUGAGACGAACAGCUUCGAGCAGUUCUGCAUCAACUACGCCAACGAACAGUUGCAGUAUUACUUUAACCAGCACAUCUUUACGCUGGAGCAGGAGGAGUAUCAGGCAGAAGGCAUCACCUGGCACAACAUCGACUACACAGAUAAUGUGGGCUGCAUCCAGCUCAUCAGCAAAAAGCCCACUGGGCUUCUCUAUUUACUGGACGAGGAGAGCAAUUUCCCUCACGCUACAGAUAAAACCCUGCUGGCCAAAUUCAAACAGCAGCAUGAGAGAAACCACUACUUUGUGGCCACGCCUGUGAUGGAGCCUGCGUUUGUCAUCCUUCAUUUUGCUGGGAAGGUCAAGUACCAGAUCAAGGAUUUCCGGGAGAAGAACACAGACCACAUGCGUCCAGACAUCGUGGCCCUGUUGCGGAGCAGUGACCGGGCUUACGUCCGGCAGCUGAUCGGGAUGGAUCCGGUGGCCAUGUUCCGGUGGGGAAUCCUCCGGGCCGCAGUCCGCGCUCUAGCGGCCUUUAAUGAGGCCGGACGCCGCUGGGCUGCCAAGAGCGCUGGUGUGGUCAGACCUGCCUCGAGAGUUCCACUGGGGGAGCUGCAGAGGUCCAACACGCAGAUUGAGCGGAUGUAUCGCCAUACAUCUAUGCUCGAUUUCUCCUUUGAUCACUCAGAGGAGCGCCCCCUAGAGGCUUUUGAGGACAUCUUUGCUAGUUAUGAGAGUAAGAAGGACAUUCACGCCCAAAUUAUGAGCUCCAUUAAGGACUUGCAGUUGGAUGGCGAGGAUCCGCGUAAGCUUCUUCAGUCAUGGGGUCGCCUGCGGUUCCCACGCCACUUCGUUCAGAAGAACAAGGGCACCAAGAACAAGCAGCUCAUUCCAAAGAAUCUGCUGGACUCCCAUUCCUUGAAGUUCAUUGUGGGUCUUCAUGACCGCACCACGAAAUCUCUGCUGCACCUGCACAAGAAGAAAAAGCCCCCGAGCAUCAGUGCUCAGUUUCAGACUUCCCUCAGUAAGCUGCUAGAGACUCUCGCAAAGGCUGAGCCGUUCUUCAUCCGCUGUCUCCGCUCCAACGCUGAGAAGAAGGAGAUGUGUUUUGAUGAGGCGCUGGUCCUGCAGCAGCUGCGUUACACAGGCAUGCUGGAGACGGUGCGCAUCAGGAGAUCAGGCUACAGCGCUAAAUACACCUUCCAGGAGUUCAUUGAGCAGUUUCGCGUGUUGCUGCCAAAUAAAGCCUCGUCUAAGGAAGACAUAACCACUCUGCUGCAGAACCUCGGUUUGGACACCAAGACCUACCAGAUAGGCAAAACAAAGGUGUAUCUGAAAGAGCCUGAGAGGCAGAAGCUUCAGGACACUCUCCACAAAGACGUCAUGCACAAAAUCAUCUUCCUGCAGCGCUGGUUCCGAGCUAAAGUGCAGAGGGGUCACUUCCUGCAGUUAAGAGAGGCGGCUGUCUUCGUACAGCGCACUUGGAGGAGAUCAUAUCAGGAACGGCGCUGUCGAGCUGCUACUCUGAUUCAGGCGGCGUGGCGAGGCUCCAAACAGAGGACAGAAUACCGGCAACGACGAUCCUCUGUUACUAAGAUCCAGGCUUUAGUCAGAGGCCAGUCAGCCCGCAAAAGGUACCAAUCUCUGCAGGAGGAGAGGAGGAGGAGGAAAGAGGAAGAAGCUCGAAGGAGAAGAGAGGAGGAAGAAGAGGCAGCUAGACGGGCGCUGGAGGCAGCGGAGUCGGCCAGGCGAGAGAGAGAGGCUGCUGAGUCAGCCAGGAGAGCACGAGAGGCAGAGGAGGCAGCCAGGAAAGCACAAGAAGCUGAAGAGGCAGCUCGAAAAAUGAAGGAGGCAGAGGAAGAGGCGGCUAGGCUUGCUGAGCAGAGGAGGAAGGAGGAAGCUUCACAGAAGCUAAGAAAUGAGACGUUUAAUGAACAUUUGGUGAGCUCUGAGGUAAAAGCAGGAGACAAGGAAGCAAAGGCUGAGGCUGGUCCUCAUCCUGAAGAACAGGAUGGAGAGCAAAACCAGAAAACUCUGGAGCUGAAUGAAAAAGAAGAGAAGGAACCAGUCGGGAAACUUACAGAGGAUGAUAAACACCUUAAAGCGUCGUUCACUGCCUUACCAGAGGAGACUAGUUCUAAAACAGCUCCAGAGGAAAGCUUAGACCGCAAAAUUCCCGCAGCUACUCUUCCGGAAGCUAAAAUGCCCAUUUCUGUUUCUGCAGAAGAAGACAAAAGCCUUCAAAUCAGCACACCGGUGACCCCAUCUGAGCAGUUAAAAUCUAAAACUCCUUCUCUGGGUAGGCUCAGCACCUCCAGAAGCCAAGAGAAGAGAGAGCUGAGGCGGCAGCGCGGUUUGGAGCACAGCCAGAGGGAGAUUGAACGGGCUGCGUCAAUUAACAGAGAAGAACCACCGCAGAAAAGCCCCACGGGGCCUGAAAGCAGACAAAACGAACGAUCCAAUAGCAGAGAGCUGGACCAGUACACGUUUGUAGCCUGGAAGGGUGAUAAACAGAAGAAAGAAGCUAAGGAGGAGGGAGAAAAGGCUAAACAGGAUGCUGUGGAAGAAGUGCAGAAAGCCACUCCUGAGAAAACUAAAAAAGAGGCUAAACAUCAGGAAGAGAAAGCUAAGAAGGAAGUUAAGGAUGAGGAAGAAAAGGCCGUGGGGGAGGCCAAAGUUGAUGGAGAAAAGGCCGUAAAAGAGGCUAAAGACGAGGGAGAAAAGGCUAAAAAAGAAGCCAAGAAUGAAGCAGAGAAAGCUGCAAGAGAAGCCCAGCAGCUCGCUCCCGCCCCAGUCCGACCCACCACCUUACCCUUGGAUGUGCCAGGCUCCAGGAAUGGCCACAACGAGUGCCCCAGUGCUGCGAAGGACCCUACCAACAAAGGCAAGGCACAGAGGAGCAACACCCAACCAGAUGUCACCUCAUCUGAACCCCAAAAGCAGGGGAACAGGAGGCAAAAGAUGCUACAGAUGGCAGUGUCCCGAUCGAUGGAUGACGUAUCAGAGUUGGGGACAUCAGGGCACAUUUCUGCAGUUUCACAGACGCAGUCUCGUGCAGCCGAGGGUUCACACGCAGGGAAAGCUGGAACCACAGGCAGGACGCAGGAAGGCUCCGGUCUGCAGGACGGAUCUCACGCUCCUCCGCCCACUCCAGAGAGAUCAACAGGCUUCCUGAGGAAGAUCCUGAAGAAGCGUCCUCAUAAGGAGGCUCAUACUCCAGAGGAUGGAGAUCUGACUGUGGCUGCGGCUUUAGCUGAAAAAGCAGAAGCUACCGCUCCUUCACGUUCACAUCAUGCUGAGCCACGUCUGAUUCGUAACCCCACCAUUAAGAUCAGUCGUGCAACCCGAGUCACAGAGCAGUGGAAUGCCUCGCUGGACCGAGAGAUCACCAACGCUAACGAGCUCCGGAACCUGGAUGAGUUCCUCGGAAAUCAGGUGAAUGAUCUGCGCUCUAGGGGAAAGCAGCUGUCUGCAGCGGAGCACAUCUUCAUCACAGCCACCAUGCAGUUCAGAGCGGACAUCAAAAGCAUGUACUCUCUCUCUAAGCCGCAUAUUGGCUACAAGGGCCUGAUGAGGGGCUACCAGAACAAAGUGAUCAGUUUAGCCGGAGAAAAGCAGAAAGGAGAAGUGCAGCUGGUGGUCAAUCUGUUCCAGUCUGUGCUGGACGGAUUCAUCAGAGGGGAAAUCAAAAGAGAAGAGGCUGAACCUGCCAAGCCCCUGAAAGGUCGCAAGAAGAGGCGGAAAAAAGACAAGAGCUUGGAGAGUCCACUGGACCACAUGUUCACUCACUACCAGGUCAACAUAAUGCAGUCAUGUGAUCAGUGCACUUCCUACAUCUGGGGGAUGGAGAAAGCCUACAUGUGCAGUUAUUGCAAACUUGUUUGCCACAAGAAGUGCCUGUCAAAAAUCACUACUGAUUGUAAUACGUUCUGCUCAAAGAAGAAUGAAGAGGAUUGUAGUUCUCAGCACUUUGCUGUGAGUGUUUGCCACCUAGUCAGUGACCGGAUCCCUGUUCCUGAGGUGCUCGAACUGAUGCUGGAGCAUGUGGAGAUGAACGGCCUCUACACUGAGGGCAUCUACAGAAAGUCUGGCUCAGCCAACCGCAUGAAGGAGCUCCGGCAGCUUUUAGAAGCUGAUCCCCAUUCAGUGUGUUUGGAGGACUACCCCAUCCAUGCUGUGACCGGUCUGGUGAAACAGUGGCUCCGAGAACUUCCUGAACCCCUCAUGACCAUCAGUCACUAUAACGACUUCAUCCAGGCAGUCGAUUUACCUGAGAAGCAGGAACAGCUGCUUUCCAUCUAUAGAGUUUUGGAGGAGCUCCCUACAGCCCACUACAACACUCUGGAGAGACUCAUUUUCCAUCUCGUCAGGGUGUCGAGAGAGGAGAAGAGUAACAGAAUGACCCCCAACUCACUGGCUAUUGUCUUCGCUCCCUGCAUUCUGCGUGGUCCGGACAGUGCUGACCCCCUCCUCAGCAUGAAGGACGUUGCCAAGACAACCACAUGUGUGGAGAUGCUGAUAAAUGAGCAGAUCAGGAGGUACAAUGAGAAGAUGGAGGAGAUCGAGCAGCUGGAGUAUGCAGAGACGCUGGCCAAGAACCAGCUCAAACUGAAGAGGAAUAACACGAGCUGGCAUUUACCCCUCAGGUUUACCUCUCCUUACAAAGGAGUGGCGAUGCGAGAGAAGCCUUCGUCCGAUCUGAGUGUUGUCCCUGAGAAUGAACCGCUGGACUCUGACACGGAGGCGGAGAGGAAUCUGGUGGAGCGGAUCAAGUCCAUCAAACAGGAGAAAGAGGACCUGGCUUGCAGGCUGCCAGAUUUGGAGCAGCCAGGGUCAGAUCAGGAGAACCUGGACUCUGAGGCUUCGGCCAGCUCGGAGAGCCUGCUGGACGACCGGACACUCAGUUCGGACACGGAAGGGAAAACAACAACAGUGCCAAGAAUUCCCAAACCAGCUUCUCCUUCUAAAUCUGCAAACUCACCCUCUACCCAGCAGAGUUCAUCAGAAGGAGAAACCUCCAAUCCCUCUACUCCCCUUUUCUGCCCCUCCAGGGACCUACUCCAUCGCCGGCACCCAAUCAUCCCCCGCACGGUCCGCCUGCCCCCAGGCGUGCUGACCCACCCGGCCGUCCAAUUGCUGCCACCCCGCAAAGCCCAGUCCAUGACGCUUGUGCAGAGACGGCAGCAGCCUGGGCGCCGCAAAGACAGCAUCCAGUCGCUUUUUAUAGCCCCCGGGACUGAGCUCCACUUCACUCCUGACUCAGACUCCUCUCCCUCCAGCACACAGGAGCUCCUAAAAUCACCCAGACGCUUCUCAGACCCGGAUAUUGCUUGUAGCGAAGACGGACUUUGAUUAACAGAUCCUCUGUCCAAAGCAGGGGUUUUGAACUCCGGUUGUGUUUGGUGCCCUGUUGCACCUAUUGCACUUGGUAAAUAAGUCACAUCAGGUUUAUUUGUACAGGGUAAUCACCAAACUGGUGGACCCCAGCCCUCCAGGACCAGAGUUCGACCCCCUAAAAUAAAGGGCCAUGGCACACUUACCCAACCCACUGUCUGAGCCAUGCUCCACCCACAGAUGUCUUCUUUUAUAGCUACUGUUGCCAGGUUGAACAAGCCUGAACAUAAUGAGAAACUGUAGAACGGACUCUGUUUAUAUCACAAUACCUACAUUUAGAGUCGGUUAUUCAUUCAGUCUAAUGAGAAACUGUAGAACAGACUCGGUUUAUAUCACAAUACCUACAUUUAGA